CGUCGCGUUCUCUAUUCAAAUCAUAAGAUACCGUUCCCCAAAUGAACCUUUCCACGGGGAUUGGUUUAGGUCGGAUAAUGUGAACUGCCCUUUAAGUGUGUUUUGUUCGCGCUUUCAAAGCGUGAUUACGACUUUAGUUUGUGGUUUUUCGAUUCUAAUUGCUACAGUGUUUUUGCUAAAAAGAUAGUGUAUCAAGAUUUUAAAUAAUAUUGUGGUAUUCAUCAGUGAUCAUGUAAUAAAAUGGUUUAUAAAUUUAAUUGCAAGAAUUGUUAUUGUUAGUUUAUUACACCGGAAACAUGAGCUUUCAUAUGUAAUGCAGAUUAUGGACUAUAAACGUAAGUGUUUAUGAUUCACUGUCAAAAUGAGGUGCGAAGCCAUCAGAAUGUCGGUCGAUACCGUAUAUACGGAGCAAUGUUCGCGCCAUGGAGCAGCGGCUGUGCGAAUGGCCAACGGGCGCUGACGGAGCACCCAGAGCCAUAUCGCGAUUAGAGGGCCAAAUUGAAGAGCAGAAACAGCUAAGACUCCAGGACGCGAAGCAAGUAGAAGCAAAAGCGGCUCGUAUCAAAGAGUGGGUUACAAAUAAACUCAAGGAGUUAGAACAACAGAAUCAACUACUAAGGGAACAAAACGAUCGGUGUAAUCAGCAGUUGGAGCUCCUUAGGAACCAUAUAGCAGCGCAGGGUAGCCGAAACUGUGCUCUUCCCUCAUCAGAACCCCACUACAGUACGCCGGUGCGGCAUAGACGAAAUCUGUCUAUCGGUACUACCAACAUAGCGAAUAACGUCAAUGCUGCCACCCCUCCCUUAAACACCAUGAAUCGAACCAUGGACGAGAGGACCACAGCUAGCUUACUGGCCGACGAUCUCGCGACGGCUGUAGAGAAUUUAGUAGUUCUGCCUACAACGCCUAACACAUCAACUGACGGGGAUACAACACAUGACUAUGCCGAGAUUUACACCCCUAGUAGAGAGCGCACACCUGCCUGGCAGGGUCCUAUAAAUGUUGUGGUACAAGGGAAUAGCAGAGGGGGGUCUUCAACUGGAGACAGCUCGACAUCAGAACAGCCUAGGCCGCCUACGCCCCCCUUACACCGGUUUCCUAGUUGGGAAGCUAAGAUAUAUCAGGUGGCAGAUGACGGCCUCCAGCAGUCGGUGGAGGAGGAGCUGAGUCCCCCGCCGUGCCCGCGGCCGAUGCAUGAAUCCACCAGCUACCAGGACAUAUCCGUCCCUGUAUACGCCACUGUUAAAGGGCGUGCUAGUCAAAUAAGGUCGAUGCCAUUCACUGGCGAUUCGUCGGAUGAUUCAUCAGACGGCGAGGAGUCUAUGGGCGUCAUUAUACAUAGCACACCACAUCACAACCCCGUAUUUGGUGCACAGACAUCGAACCAGUUACCUAUAAAUAACGCAAACCUAACACAUACGCUGCCAACGUCCAUACAACAAACGUCCAACCACGGACUCGUCCUGACGAAUAGCGCCAAUGGACAGUGCAGCUCGUCGGAUACGAGCCUAAGUGCCAGUAGCCCAUCAAAAAGCGUUAAAACUAGUUCCAGCUUAAGUCCAGCGAAGCGAUCCAGUAGUGGGUCACCAAGUAAACAGAGUAAAACGAGAGAUACAUCGUUCGAGUCGGGAAUGUCGGAUGACUACGCGAUUCCGCCGGACGCUGUUUCGUGCAGCACGCGGGACAGCUCAGCCGCAUCGCCUUCGCUAGCAUCCCUCUCCCGCCCCAAUACCCACACUCAUCCCCAUGCGCAUCCCCAUCCCCAUCCCCACGCGCAUCCCCACUCCCAACUCCUAACGGACUCCCCUCGGCGACACGACGCGCUGGAGAAGAGCGGUCAUCUGGCCAAGUUGGGUGGAAAACUCAAGACUUGGAGGAAGAGAUGGUUCGUGUUGAAGAAUGGCACAUUAUCGUACUGGAAGUCACAAUCAGAAGUGAACAGAAAGCCGCAAGGACAAAUCGGGUUGGGUGAAGCAUGUAAGAUAUCCAGGAACGAGGGUGCGGCUACGUUCGAGAUUUUUACUGGCAGUCGAACUUACUACCUCACCGCUGAUAGUAUUGCUACUAUGGAAGACUGGAUUAGAGUUUUACAGAAUGUCCAGAGGCGCAAUGCAACGAAAUUACUGCUUAGUAAAGAAGACAACAAGCCGACUAUACAAGGAUGGUUAACAAAGGUUAAAAACGGGCACGCAAAGAAAAGCUGGUGCGUGCUUAUAGGCAAGAUGUUCCUUUACUUCAAGUCGCCUGGGGAUCAGAACCCAACGGGUCAAAUCAACAUGCGGGACGCACGUGUUGAAGACGUAGAGUACGUGUCGGAUUCCGACUCUGAGGAGAAGAACGACGACACACGCAACCACCUCACCGUCGCCAUCUACCCGCAGCACCAGGUAACUGGGGGUCCCACGUACCUGUUGUUCGAGAGUAAGGCAGACAAGGACUCGUGGCUGUAUCACCUGACGGUGGUCAGCGGCGGCGGCCUCAGCCAAGGCACGCACUUUGAGCAGCUCGUGCAGAAAUUAAUGGAAACAGAUGGAGAUCCAAAUUGUGUACUGUGGAGGCAUCCAACACUGUUGUAUUCCAAAGAAAAUAUCACAUCCCCGUUAACGUCAUUAAAUUCUGAGGCACUGCAGGCGGAAGCUUUAAAGUUAUUUAAGUGCGUGCAGCUGUUCAUGUCUGUGGCGGUGGAGCACGCUGGCAUCGACUACCACGUGGUUCUGGCGCAGAACGCCCUCCAGCAGUGCCUGGAGGUGGCCGAGCUGCAGGACGAGCUGGCCUCGUGCCUCGCCAAGCAGACCGCGCCACACCUACACUCCAAGCACGGCGUGCAGGUAACACCGCGCCGACAAGCUAAGCUUAAAGCAGCCAAGCUUAAGAAUCAACUGCUACUGUGCGCGACACAAUCGCUGUUCACUUGUGACACGGGCGCCUCGUCCGUCGGCGGUGACAACAAGAGUGGUGACCUACAGCCCAACGCUGCCGGAUCCCCUAGCUCUAUACAGGCACCCCUCUUAUCAGUGGAUUGCAAGAGUAACCCGCCCACGUACAGUUUUGUUCAGGGCUGGCAGCUAUUAGCUUUAGCCGUCAGUUUGUUUGUACCAAGAAAUAACAGGCUACUCUGGUAUCUGAAGCUCCAUCUUAGCAGGCACGCUGAUUCAAAAACGGAGUGUGGUAAAUACGCGGCGUACUGUUCGCGCGCUCUCGAGCGUACAAUACGCAACGGCGGACGCGAGGAUAAGCCGUCAAGAAUGGAAGUGCUGUCCAUACUGCUUAAGAAUCCGUACCAUCAUUGUUUACCACACGCUAUACCUGUACACAUGCUUAAUAAUACAUAUCAGGUUAUAAGUUUUGAUGGGUCCACGACAGUCGAAGAGUUCUUAUCUACAUUGAGUACAGAGCUCGGAUGCAGGGAAUCUGCAGCAUCAGGAUUCGCGUUGUUCAGUGAUGACCCUAUAGAAAAAGACUUAGAACAUCACAUUAAACCCGAUAAAAAGCUGUGCGACGUAAUAUCGAAAUGGGAGACGGCACUUAGAGAAAAGGGAUCUGGAAAGUUCGAGAACUCGAGAGUGAUCCGACUUACAUAUAGAAAUAGGUUAUACUUUAAAAAUUCUGUACGAACCGAAACAGAUAAGGAGAGAUUACUGCUUUGCUACCAAGUAAAUCAACAAGUGGUGGCGGGUAGGUUUCCAGUGACGCGCGAAUUGGCGGCUGAGUUAGGCGCACUUAUGGCGCAAUUAGAUAUGGGAGACUACGCCGCCAGCAACUCGCAACACAACCAACCUCUAGCACACAGGUUCUAUCCUUACAGGUAUAGAGCCGGUUUGAGUAACGAAGAGCUGAGAGAUGUAGAAGAAAAGUUACGAUCAAAAUGGAUUGCGCUAAAAGGCCGGAGCACAGCGGACUGUGUGCGAAUAUAUCUCAACUGCACUAGGAAAUGGCCUUUCUUCGGCGCCACUCUCUUCCAGGCUAGAAUAAAACAACCCGAUUUAUCAAUGGUAUGGCUAGCGGUGUCGGAAGAGGGCGUCACUGUGCUGGAGUUAGCGUCCAUGUCCGUUAUCGGCCGAUACGCACUGAACUCCAUCGGACUUUUCGGCGGUCUGCAGGAUGAUCUCAUGAUGCUAAUAGACGGCGACGACGCGACCAGUCCUGUACACAAGAUGUUAAUUAGUCUCAACAAACCUAAAAUGGCGGAGCUAACGCAUCUAAUAGCGGACUACAAGAACGCGCUUUUACGUCCCGGCGGAGGAACCCCGCAGAUGAACUCCCUCACCCGGCACGGCAGCCACCGCUCGCUGCGCGCGCCGCCGCCGCACUCGUCGCCGUCCACGCUGCCGCACACCGCCGCGCACCACCACCACCACCACCACCACUCGCACCACACCACCGGACACAACACGCUCAACUCCGCCGCCACGCUCACGCUCAGCUCGCACGGACCGCCGGAUCUCCUCAAGUCCACGCCCGACCAUCACCGCGAUAAGAAGCGCGUCCUCGCCCAAGACGGAGCCGUCGCGUGAUCCAGCGCCAGGUAUGCCCGGGAUCUACUCGUGACUGAUACUGCGAAAGAUAUUUGCAUUUAGUUCCGCUAUGAUGCGUAUUGACCGUGGGCGUGUAAUGUAAUAUAUUACAUGAGCGCGUAAUGUAACAUGUAGCAAAUUAAAAGCGAUCGUUUGUCUCGGCAGGAAUGGAAAUAAUGUUUUAGAAAUGGUUAUAGGGAUAGGACAAUGAAUCAUGGACUGUAUGAAAGGUACGAUAAAAAUGAUAAGUAUUCACACGCUGUCCUCACCUGACAAAGGAUAAAGGAAAAAUAAACAUGUAACAUUAAGUAAUACCAAAUAUGUUACAUUACAUGUUCUCACUGCAAUGUUCCUCUCGGAAUAAUCAUGUCUGAGUUAAUUACGCAAAUGUAUUGGACGAAGACUCUGUUUUACAAUACAAUUUUUAAUGUCUAUUGACAUUUAAAAGGGAAUGUGGUCAUUAUGUUCGAUUAUUUUAUAUGAUAUAGGAUCGAAAGUUUCGUAAAACAGUUUACCAUUCCACGAAUACUGUUCGUACUAGUAAAAGUUUGAUUAAUUAUAAAUAUACCUCAUAUUUCGUAGCGACUGACGGUCAAUCUAAUCGGUCCGUAAUAGUUUGUUAGUUACGUAAUUUAUUUUUUCAGCCUUAAUACUGCAACGGUUGCUAAUUUAGGGGUUCUGUGCGGCUUUUUAUAUUAUACGUAAGACGCCAUCCAUGAAUUACGUCACAUGUUAUGAAGGGUCUACAAAGUGUGACAAGAUAUAGGAGAGGGUCUAACGUGACGUCACAUUUCACAAUUUAAUAUAUCGUAAUAAAUUAAAAAAAAUAUUAAACAAUAUUUGAAUUAUUAAAGAAUAAUUUAAAUCCUUUUAUUACUAUAUUAAUAAAAUAUGCAAAAUAUGUUACACAGACGAGUAGCGGGGAAAUAAUGAAAUUCGUGUAACGUAAUUUAUGGGUAGACUAAUGUGACUUCGUGUGGAUGUUUUUAUGCAGUCUGAACGCCAAUUUUGUAUGUAGCUAUGUAUGCAUAUGUGCAGGGUAUAAUAAAUGCUAUGUAGGAACCAGUAAUAGUUGUAGUAGUAACAAUAUUUUGCACUACAAAGUUCAUUUCAGUAUGUAUAUGUAAAAAAUAGAUAAGCAAAUAUGUGAUGCUACUAGUAUCUUAGUUUGAUUUUUAUAAUGAACAUUGUAUUUGUAAUGCGUAUAAUUGUUAAAACAAUAGUUCAGAUUCGAUAAUAUGCAAUGUAUUGAGGCAGUACAUAGACAUGGAACAAGUACAAUCAUUUGGGAGCUUUUUGUGCUAUAGAAAUGACUGUGCUUUUCAACAGAUUUGAAGUUGAGAUCAAUUGUUUUUUUACGUAUCAUGUGAUAUGUUCUAUGGUUAUUUUCUAAUUAGAGAAAUUUAGCCCCGUAUACUCCUCCAUACAAUAUUUAUAAAGAUUACAUUAGCUGUUUUUUUAGGUUGUAGUGUUACAUGUAAAAAUCGAGAAGAAAUUACCUCAUAUGCACAGGCCUAAAAUAAUAUGACCCCAACGAUAAAAACGUCCUACGUAUGUUUUUUAAACCCUGUUUAUUGCAAAAGUAACUUGAGUUUUUAUUAGAUUUGAAGUUACCGUUAAAGUGAUUUCUAAAGAUAUUGGUGUCUAUUUAUUUGACGAUGUUGUCCAAUAGCUAUUUUAGACCGAAUGGUUUCUGUUUGGUACUCACAAUUGUGUCUGAUUGAAUGAAUCUCAUAUACAUUCUGUUUCCAACAUAGAUCGAUAUUUUAUACUACUAUAGAAUUAUGUCGUGCAUAUUUAAGUUUCAAAAUAUAAAUCCCUCCAAAGAUUUCAUCAUCACAAAAAACAUCACGGGUUGUAGUUUAAUAUCCAAAGAUGAAGAUUUCAAUGAACUGCUCAAACCUACAACUACUUUGUAUUACUAUCUUAUUGACUUUUAGUUGUCGCUUAACUAUUGUGCAAAUUGUCGACUGACGCAUUAGAAAGAUAUUGCUGAUUACACUAGAUGAGUUUUGCGACGUGAUAGCCUAACUGUACUAUAUCUUUAAUGUUUUGUUUCAUGUAGGAGGAUAUAUAAAUCGACUGAUAUUAUUAUAAAGUCACCAACGAAUAUACUAACUUUCUAGAUGUAUAUAGAAUGAAUCGCAACAAUUUUGUGCUGUAGACGUUAUCAGUGGGUCUAGAUUUAUAUAUAUAGAAAUGUUCACAGGUUCUAAAUCACUAGGUUGUUAAUGUAUAAUCAAAAUCAGAUCGAUUAAUUCAGAAUUAAUGUAAAUUUAUACUUUUCGUUUAUCUUCAGUGAUGUUUCAACUAUACUAAGUUUAUUCAUAGACAUUUUAUCUUCUAUAUUUAUCCUUUUAUAUUCUCUAGAAUAUUCAAUGUAUUAUAUACUUAGGUAUACGUCGAUGGCGAGCAUAAAUAACUUAUUUAUACUCGAUUUAUAUAUUGAUUAGCGUGGAUAGUUUUCAUUUAUAUAAUAUUUUUAUACUACGUUACCAAGCUUAUAAUGUGAUCAAUUACGCACUUUCAUAUUACAAAGAAUGUAUUUUAACGACUUGUAUUUCCUUAAUUUCAAGAUGUACAUAAAUGUGAUAAAAUUUAUUUUUCGUGGUAGCGGUAUCAAGAUAACAAGUGAAAGGCAACAUUUGUAUAUGCCAGGCGGAACUAGAACAACUAAUUGUAAAGAACUGCAAAUAUUGGCUUAAUCUAACUCAUUUUAUAUACGUUUGAACAGGAAAAAAGUAUUCUACAACGGGAAUAGAUGUU